GAACGCACCGUUGUAGUCUGAUUUAACUACAAUUCCCUUGUCUCCCCGCGCUGUGGUCCUCAAGUCGGGCAGUGUGCUGGAUGGUUUUGAACGUCAGGAGCGAGCGGGAGGAGUGUGUCCCUGGACUGUAUUCAAUCAGCACAGUAGUGUUGAGGUGUAACGAUGGCGACGGACCUUGUUGCACAGUUGGCCGACUCUCUGGCCAAGACUGGAGUGGAAGACGGAGAGCUUAGCUACAAAGGCCAGGGAAGAAAGCUGGAUGAUGCCCAAUCAGUUGAGGGAAUGGUGAAGGAGAUCCAGGACUUCAAGGGUUUGCAGGCUCUGAGGUUGGAGGGAAACACUGUCGGCGUAGAGGCAGCACGGGCCAUCGCCAAGGCCCUUGAGACAAAGAGCGAUUUCAAGCGCUGUUAUUGGAGCGACAUGUUCACAGGUCGCCUGCGCUCUGAGAUCCCUCCAGCCCUGAAUUCACUAGGUGACGCUUUGAUGUUGGCGGGUGCCAGGCUAAAUGUUUUGGACCUCAGCGACAAUGCUUUUGGACCAGAUGGGGUGAAGGGAAUCGAGAAGUUGCUCAAGAGCACCGCCUGCUACACAUUGCAAGAGCUACGGCUCAACAACUGUGGCAUGGGCAUCGGAGGGGGGAAGAUCUUGGCUGCUUCAUUGAUCCAGUGCCAUAAGAAAUCCAGUGCAGAUGGCUCCCCCCUCAGCCUGAAGGUGUUUGUUGCAGGGAGGAACCGACUGGAGAACGAUGGAGCCACUGCCCUCGCUCAGGCCUUCCAGUUGAUAGGCAGCCUGGAGGAGGUUCACAUGCCCCAGAAUGGCAUCAAUCACCCUGGUGUGACAGCACUGGCCACAGCCAUGCAGCACAACACAAGCCUCCGCAUCCUCAACCUCAAUGACAACACCUUCACUGAAAAGGGGGCCAUUGCCAUGGCUCAGGCUCUGAAACACCUACGCAGCAUCCAGGUGAUAAACUUUGGAGACUGUCUGGUGCGGCCAGCAGGAGCUAUAGCUAUUGCAGAAAGUGUAUCAGAGGGACUACCAAUUCUCAAAGAACUCAAUCUGUCAUUUGGCGAGAUAACAGAAGAAGCUGCUCUCGCUGUAGCAAGUGCAGUAAAAAACAAGAGCCAGCUGGAGAAACUGGACCUAAAUGGCAACCAACUAGGAGAAGAUGGCUGCAAAGCUCUGAAAGACUCCAUGGAAGGCAUGAACAUGGCUGAGCUUCUAGGGUCACUCAGUGACGAUGAGGGGGAGCCAGAGGAUGACGACGACGACGAAGAUGAAGAUGAGGAAGAGGAGGAACUGGAUGAGGAGGAAAUAGAGGAGGAAGAGGAAGAAGAGGAGGAAGAAGAAAGCAGUGGCACCAAGUUGUCCACCCCUGUAUCGGCACCCCGGCCACCAGACGUCUCCUCCUUCCUCAGCUUUCCAUCUCCAGACAAACUGCUGAAACUGGGAGACAAGAGAGCGUUACUGAUCGAGCAGCAGGUGGAUGUGUCGGAUGCUGCAAAAACAGCCGAAGCCUUCCUCAAGAUUGCGUCUGUGUACAAGGAGGAGAAUAACGAGGUUAAGAAUGCGGUGUUGAACAGCAUCGAUGCCCUUCUCAGGAAAGCUUUCUCCACUCCUUCCUUCCAAGGAUACAACUUCGUAUCAUCAUUGUUAGUGCUGCUCGGACUCAUCAAGAGUGAGGACAAGGUGAAGCCUGUGCUGGUGGUUCCCGGCCACCUCCACAGCUUGGAGCACGUUGUUCAACAGGACUACUUCCCCAAAGAGAACGUGGCUGUGCUGCAAGCCUUCAUGUCCCGAAACAACAAGGCCCUGGAUUCAUGUGGCAAUGCCAGAAACAACCUCCAGUCAACACUGCAGAGAGUCAGGUCUGAGGGUUGAGGACUGUGGAUGGACACACACACACACACAUACACACACACACACACACACACACACACACACACACACACACACACACACACACACACACACACACACACACACACACACAUACACAUACACAUACACAUACACAUACACAUACACAUACACACACACACACACACACACACACACACACACACACACAGGAUGGACCUUGACUACACUGAUGGACCUUUUGGAAACCAGCACAAAUGAACUCAUGUUUGAAACAGAAAAGGCAGAGCAACCCUCGAGACGAACGGAACCAUUUCACUGUGUCACCGCUGUCCCCUCACAAGCUCAGCAACACACCUCUGUCUGGACUCUGGAUUUGAAUGCUUUGUAUUUUGAAGUAGACUAUGCUUUUAUGAUGUGGACUAGAUGAAGUGCUUCAUGUCCAUUCAUAUAACCACAGCACAGCACUGAAGAAUUGGUUUUAAUGCUCUAUAUAUUUUGGUGAGUAAGAAAAGGCCUCAUUCCCCACACAACCUAAUAUCUGUGUGUUAGGGACACCUGAUUGGUUGAGGCACAGAUUACACUUUAACUAGAAAAGCUCUGACCAGGCCUGAUCUGGGCUCAAACAAUCAGCUAUUGUACAUUCUAUAUUUCAUAUCUACCUUUAAUAUUCUGUUGUUUUAUAUUGAAUGUUUAUUAAGCUUGAUGAUAUGGUCAAACAAAGCUGUUAAAAAUAUGUAUUGACUAAUAGGUAUUAUCAAAAUAAAGUACAAUAGAACAAUCAAAAGGGAUGAAUUACAUGUAUUUCCUGCCUUUCAUAAGGCACAAGAUGCAGUGUUUUCAGAUUUGUGUUGGCAAAAUAAAGCUGAUUUAAUUGG